AUGACUGCCACCAUCCUCUCGGCCUUAUCGCACAUAGUCGAGCGCCUCGAUGUGCAAGUCGCCACCAAGAAGAACCGAGGAGGAGCAUGCAAGAUCUUCGCAGCUUUGAGAUUCUUCGACGACAUCACCGACGCCAAGUUCAAGAAGUGUGCGCUCGCUAUCCUCGCUUGGUUUUCGGGACACGUGGAUCGCCAGAAGAGUUAUGCUGAUCGGAGACGCAGACCACUAGAGUUCUCUGUUGGCGACCAUGUAUUUCUACGAGUUUCACCCACGAAAGGGGUGAAGAGAUUUGGCCUCAGAGGUAAGCUAGCUCCGCGGUACAUUGGUCCUUUCGAGAUCUUGGAGAGGAUCGGAGCAGUAGCUUACCGACUGGCACUACCACCGUCCCUGUUAGGCGUGCAUGAUGUAUUUCAUGUAUCCAUGCUGAGGAGAUAUGUACCCGAUUCGACGCAUGUGCUGGCAGAUAUCCCAGUUCCAGUUCAGCCUGACAUUACCUAUGAGGAGGUUCCGGUACGGAUUCUCGACCGGAAGGAGCGUCAAUUGCGGAACAAGACCAUCCGACUGGUUAAAGUCGGAUGGCAGCAUCAUUCGGACGAGGAGGCUACUUGGGAGCUCGAGGACACUAUCCGAGCUCGAUAUCCCCAUGUUUCAGCAGCAACUAUUCCAGUUGAGGUGAUCUUGGUUUCCAGCAGUGCUCCUAUCCCUGCAGCAACUCCUUCCAGCAUCAAGGAUAGCUAG